AUGGCUGUGAAGUCAGACAGUUGCAGAUCACGUAAGUAUCCUUAUGUUGCAGUAAUGCAAAAAUUGGCAGAUCAUUCAGGCCACAUAAAGAACAAGUCUCUUGAAAUGACAAUUCCACAGUUUCAGAAUUUCCACAGACAGUUCAAGAAAAUUGCUGUACUUGCUGAGACUGUGUAA